AUGGACCGGUCUCGCUCGCCCAAGCGCAAGCGCCGCCGCGCCGAGUCGUCCACGCCUCGACGUGGCGGCAAGAAGGGCGCCUCCUCUUCGUCCUCGGCCAACCGCACGACCGGCUCGGGCGGCGCCGAGUCCAAGAUCGUGUGGAAGGACUCGCCCGCCGACAAGCAGAUCAAGGUCUCGGGCACGGGCAAGAUGGCGGUGCGGCGCGAGAUGCAGGGCUUCGUGGGGCGCCUGGCGCGCGCCAGCCAGCAGUCGCCGCCCUCCAGCCAGGAAGAGCAGAAGAAGCCGCCGGCCCGAGAGCGCGUGCGCGCGCGGCGGAAGGCGGCGGCUGAGGAGGAGAAAGCCGCCUCGAGGCUCUUGAUGUUCAGCCCCGAGAGAGCAGAGGGAGCUGAUGCCGCACAGAGGACGCCCAAUACGGCGUCGAGACGGCGAUCCACCGAGAGAGGGGACUCGCAGGACGAGCUCUUCAGUGUGCUGGACAAGAUUGAGCAGAAAUAUGCCAGCCCCGACGUGGCGCUGCCGCUGACGGCGUCAAGGCCGGCGUCGCCCAGGAGGCGGCAGCUGUAUCAGCAGCCUGCAGUGACCAGCACUACUACGGCAGUAGCAGCAGCAACGGAGAUGAACCUGACGCCGACCCCAGCUCCCACCUAUUCGUCCACCGGCACGCUGUCUCCUCGGUCGCUACGGACACAGGAAAUGUUGAAGACUCAGGAGCUGAACAGGAACCAGGAACCGGCCAGGGCUAUCGCACCAGUCAAAGAGCAGGAGGCAGUGAAAACGCCGCCAAAGCCGGUAGUUGUGGAGGAGGAGGAUCCGUUUGGCGACCUGCCGGACGAAUCCUGGGACCUGAUGGAUCAGUUGGUGAGCCAACGAGCAAUGGUUGACGCUACCCAAACGCAGUCACAGUCGCAGACGGAGCUCGUGUCGUCUCAGAGCUUCGCGCUGACGCCGCGGCCGAUGCCGUCGGCUGCGUUUGACGGACCGAAGAAGCCUCCGCCGAUGCCACCAGCCAAUGUUCCGGCUCCAGUGGUGCGAUCAAUGCAUGACGUCGGCGCAGCCCAACAGCCUGAUCGGCCCGAGAGCUUCAGGCGAUUUUUAGUUUUGGAAGUGGACCGCGACGUCGUUAACCGCUCGCUGCUUUUGCGCCUCUUAGAUGAUCAAGACGUGCAGCUGGAGGCUUUGCUGACCGAAGACUGGUAUGACGUGCUUGUCGAGGCUGGCGAUACGAUCAAUAUUGUGUUUACUGAGCAGGAUAGGAAUGGAUUCUUCUCGCAAGAAUGCAGCAAUGUGCCGGCAGGGCGGCACUCAACUCGCAUUCAGGUCGACAACAUGCACAACGUCGUGGUCGUCCACCCUGAUAUUCUGGUACGAUGA